AAAACCCUAGCCCAUCAGGGCAGCGACCUUCUAGAACCGUCUCCAAUGGCGCUACUCCGAGCGCUCCGGCGAGCCCUUCCGGCGCUCUCCUCGCCGGCGGCGGUUCUCCCCCGUCGCGCCCCGCACCCACUACCUCCUCCGCCCGCUCCUCGUCGGUUCCUGGACCCGAUCGGGCUCCGCUCCUUCUCCGCCGCCGCCGCCACCGCGUCGCAGGCGCCGCCCAUGGGGGCCACCCUGUUCGGCGGGCUCAUGGACACCCGGUUCCCGAAGCGCCGGCCGGGCUUCGCCAACCGCCGGAAGAGGGCUAGCUUGCGCCCCAAAGGUCCGUACUACUGGGUGAAGUGCAAGCCUGACGAGCCCAUACCAGUUAGUCAGCCGAACCAAGGGAGCGUACGAGGGAGGAAGGAGAAGAAGCGGAUCAAGCAGCGCAAGGACUUUAUCAUGGCUGAGAAGAAGAAGCGCAGAGCUCAGUAUUCUGCUGCUGUUAAGAGAAAGGAGGCAGAACGAACAGAAAGGAAGAUGGCUGCUGUGGCAAGAGAGCGGGCAUGGGCAGCAAGGUUGAUAGAGCUAAAACAGAUUGAGGAAGACGUUAAAGCUGUAAUGGCAUAAGGGCCUGCUCUGGAAAAUGGCAAGGCGUCUAACCUGUUUCUGCUGCUCUAUUUUCUCCUCCUUUGUUCCUACAUAGUUUAAAUUGUCACAAUUCUUUGUGAUGGAAUGGAAGACCAGUACCACUUCUUUCAACAGUAAUAUCAAAUGCCGGAACUGUUUUUUUAAUACAGACUCUCAUUAGACCAUGUUUGGAGUUUGUUUACUUUUGAUGUAAUUUAGAAUAAGUGAUGCGAUGGUAUCUGUGUGCUUGACAUCUGAGAUGGCUGUUGUCUGCAAUAUAUAGUUUUGGUACA